UGAAAAUGUUAUGUAAAAAUAAAUGUUAAAGUUAACAUCACGAUAUCUUUUUUAUAACAAAGUAAAAGGUAUGUCUGCUGUUUAUCCAAUUUUGCCUAAAUUGGUUGAACGAGAUGGUUUUGAUGAUGAAGACUUAACAGAUAUUGAUGAUGAAGUAUUCAUUAGAGAUGGAAAAAAUGGCGUAAAAUUAGAUGAUGAUGGUGUAGUUAAACGACCUUUAAUGGCACCUCGUAGAAAAUGUAAAAAGUUACAUAAUUUGGAAACAUAUAGUUUUUCAAACAAAGCUGGUUUUGGAUUUAUAGCAUUAAUAUUAUUAUUAAGUUUAAUUGUAUUAUGUAUAUAUAUUGUAAAUAUAAUUCCUGGACCAAUAUCAAUCUUAAAGAAUUGGUUAUCACAUGAUCUUAAAGAUUCAUUACGUGAGUCCAAUAUUGUUCCAUGCACAUCUCUAAAACCUAAAAUUUUAUGGACCAGAUCAUUACCAAAAUUAAUAUCCGAAUCUCCAAUAAGAAGCAAUGAUGUUAAUGGUGAUGGUGUUGAAGAUAUUAUCAUUGGAUUUAGUACAGGAUUAGAUGUGAAGAACAUUCCAGAAUAUAUUUGUGCAUUAUAUUUUGAUGGACAAGUUCCAUGUUUUGGAGGAGUUUUAGCUUUAAAUGGUAAAACAGGAGAUACCCUUUGGAUACAUUGGACAACGCAUGCAAUUUUUUCUGUUGACUGUGGUUUAGAUUUAACAAAUGACAAAAUUAAUGAUUGUAUUAUAUGUGGUCGAGGUGGAAUACUACAUGCAAUUAAUGGCUAUAAUGGAGCUAGUAUAUGGGAAAUACCAGUUCGUGAUUUAUCAAUUUCAGAAGAAUGGAAAUUUUCAGAUAUUUAUGACGCUAAAUUUAUUGCUGAUAUUGAUGAAGAUAACAUCGGUGAUAUUAUUGCAUCACAUACUAUUCAAUCAAGGGAAAUUCAUACAAGUGAAAUUCUUAUAAUAUCAGGAAUUAGUGGAAAUAUUAUACAUAGUUCAGUUUUACCAAAUACAGAGCAACUCUUUUUAGCACCUCAGAAAUUAGUUCAUCCAGAUGGAGAAAGUAUUUUUGUUCUCGUAACAAGCAGUCAAAAAAAAUCAAGUGGAUUGUAUGUAAUUCCUCAGGUGAAUUUAAUGUAUGGUAAUUUGAAAUUACGGAAAUUACACCAUGACACAGGGAGAGGAAACUUACUACCUCCAAUUUUGGUAGAUGUAACAUUAGAUGGAAUUGAGGAUAUUGUUGCUGCUAUGUUUAAUUCUACAAUAAUAGUUUAUAAUGGAUUAACCUUCGAACCUAUUUGGAAUUAUACAGUACCUAAUUCUGAAAUAAUAAGUAUACCUAUUCCUGGUUACUACAAUGAUGAUAAUAUUCCUGAUUUUAUGGUAAAACAUCAAAUAGGUUCAGGUUUCCCAACAUACUACUACACAGUUGCAACAAUUAUAGAUGGAAAAACUGGUGAAUCUUUGUUAGAAAAACCAAUAGAAGAUAGCUUAAGUAGAGAAAUGUCUGGUUUAUCUGUAACUGUUGAAGGAUUUGGAAAUGAUUGGUUCUUAUAUUGGUCUGUUAAUUGUUUAAAUUAUGAAGGAAUCAAAGAAAAAUAUCAGUUUCUAGAAAAUGAAGAUUUUAUAUCUGAAUCACAUACUGAUCUCUGUAAAUUACGGUUUAACUCUACUCUAAUUACAAAUUUAUAUGCAUUAAGUCAACAUGUUGGACCACCUGGUGUAUCAUUAUAUUUUUCUGAAGACUGGAAGUCUUUAGAAUAUAAUAAUUCCAUGAGUCCUAGAAUAGAGCUACAUGAAAAAACACCUUUUGUAUCUGAACAAUCUACAAAAAUUUAUCAAGGUGAAAAUAAAGAAAGCACCUCUAAACAAACGCAAAAAGAUUCAUAUGAAACAUACAAACAGUAUACAGAAUAUAAAAACUUUGCUCCUAUUAAUAGUCAAAUUGAUGUUUUAAAAAAAGGAAGUAAAUGGAACCAAAAAAAUGUACAAAUAGGUAAAGAUUAUGAGAUGUUAUAUGAUGAAAGUAAUAAAAUUAAUGUACAAGAAGAACAACCAAUAGAUUAUCAACGAAAAGAUGAAAUACGAGAAGAGAGAAGUAAUAUUAAUUAUAAAUUUAUUAAUCAAUUUGAUAAGAGAGUAAAUGAUUCUGUAAAAGUUAUGCUUAAUGAUAAAAUGAAUAUUACUAGUAAAACAUUUGAAACCUUUAAUAACAAUAUAGAUCUACACACUCAAAAUAAUGGGAAUACUGAUAAGGAAACAAUAUUACAUAAAAGAACAAUUAAUUUGAUGCAAUAUGAUAUAAACAAAACAAAAAGAGAAACUGGUCAAGCUUUUAUGGAUUUAAAACCCAUCAUUAAUGAAUUUUUUAAUAUUACAUCAAAAGAAGAGGAAACUGCUGUAAUAAAAUCAUUAAAAAACUUAAGUAGAAAGGAAAAUGUGAAACGAAAAUUGGUAUUGGAAUAUAAAUUUGGAACUAAAUUAAAAACACAAAGAGAAAAACGAGAAAUAAAAAUAAAAAAUAAUCAGAUAUAUUCAGUACGUGGUGUACAAAAGCAACCACCAACUGGAAUAUUAUUACCCUCUAUCUUAAAAUCAAAAGGAGUAACUUCUGUAGAUUUAGUAUUUUCUACAUUUUGGUUACCAUCCUCAGAAAUACCUGUAAUAUUAGUUCAAGAAGACUUAAAUUGUAUUCAUUGGAAAAAAAUGUUGUCAGAAAAAAAUUUACAAUAUAAGCAAAAUGAUGACAUUAUUAAGGAAUGUUUAAAUGAACGGGGCAUUAAUUAUAAGAUAUAUCAAGAACAGAAUAAUAAGGAAAAUUUUAAAAUUUCUCUUGGACAAAUGAAAAUAUAUAGAAUGAAAUUAGAAUGCACAUGUCCAGAUGAUAUGUUACCUAAUCAAAGUUGCAAAAAUAUAUCCAUGCAUCAGAGUUGGUCUGAAUAUCUAGGUUCACUUGGAAAUGGAUAUUUUAAACCAUUUUAUAAAACAAAUUUUUAA